AUGUCUAUCUGCGUCGCCAUCCAGUCGGCCUUGUUCUACUACCUCGCCUGCACUCCAUGUCUCCAACUUCGCCAUGAACACCGGACACAGAAAAAGGCAAAGAAGGAGCGAAAGGAAAAGGCACGAAUCAUCGCUGAGCAGCCGCACCUAUAUCGCCAUCCGGACCCCUAUAAUACGAACCCCUACUGGGCCGAGGAGAUCCGCAUGGGGCCAUGUCUACCCAAGAAGAACAAACCGAACGAUGCUAGCAAGAGUCAGAGCCAGAGGGGCUUAAUGUGGGAAAGUCGAGAUGGAGUGAGCAUAGCAACUGGGAGUACGCAUGCCAUCAGCAUGGCACAGCCGAUGACAGCGACGCCAAUAACACCGACAACGGAGGAAACCAACAAUAAGCCUGUUGGGUUUGUCCACCCUCCGCUCGUGGACCAUGACGAUGCCGUUAGUGCCGUACUGAGCAAGACAGCUUCUGCGACAACAGUCGGCACCGACUGGAACAUGAAGCGGUAUCAGCGCGAAGAUGAGGAACUCUGGGGCUACGACGAUGAGUCCAUCAGAACAAGUUACAAGUUCAUGGACGCCAUCAAGCAGGCUGGUUCGAGCGCUGGCCGCUAUGUCGAAUCCAAGCUAGGGCUCGAGAAGCAGGUGACGGAGGAGGAUAGGUACAACUUUUACUUCUCCACCAAGAACCCGCCCGUCAACGACUAUCACCCUCCGGUCGUCAGCAGCAAGCCUUCGCACAAGAACGCGCGUGCCUGGAUGUUGCAACCCCCGCCUCCCGCCAAGGUGAUGGAGGGCAAGGUCCCCGUUAGCAGGAGCGCCAGCACGAUGAGCGUUCAAUCCAAGAGGACGAUGGGCAGCACCAUGUCGACGGACGGACGGCCUUCGCUGGGGAGAAUUGUUGGUGACAAGGCUCUUGAGGCUAAGAUUCAGCAGCGAACUGCCAAUGGUGACGGAUAUCUGGAUCCCGAGUUGUAUUCCGUUGCUUCGACCAUGUCCCGGGCGAGAUCUAAGAGAGCCACCAACGGUUCAAUGGCACGGAGAACCAGCAGCCGUCUUACAACCAGAAGCCAGGACCUGUCUACGGGCUCUGACGGAUCCGACGAGGACAACUCAAGCACCAAGGCACCGAAAAGACGGACCACACGGAGACGUAGCAACCGCAAUGCCAAGCCCGACAGCGAUGAAAACGAGGAGGACGCCUACAUCUCCAAGAGCCCGGAGUCACUGAGCAGCACCCAUUUCCCUCCCCACGCCGCCCAGAGACCCAAGCUCCCUACCAUCAAGAGCGCAGGUGAUGCUCGUCUCGCUUCGGAGGAUAGGACGCUGUCUUCGUCACCGAAGGUCAGGCCCACGAGCAGAUCCAGCACCAAGGUCGUCCUGCAAGACGCGACCAACUCGUCGAGCUCCGUGUCUUCUUCCUCUAACAAGAUGAAUCAGAAGGAGCGCAUGAUUGGCUCCAUUGACAGCGGUCUUGCUAUGCAUGCGUAAUCGGGCCUCAAAGGUCUAAAUCUUUGUCAGAGAUAGAAUGCCAAGUGCGACAGCGAUGGGCAUUUUGUCGUUGUUGGUACUGGUGCCGUUAUCAACCAGAAACGAAAGCAUUGCGUCUCAGUUGUGUGUUUCUUGUCCCGUCAUCCUAACGCACGCACACUUUCAGAGAACGGGACGCUUUCAAGUCAAGUCAAAUCAUGUUAAGUUGUUCAAAAUCUAGCAUAGCCAUUCUGUUAUUGUGUUUUU